AUGAGCGAGAGCGUUGAGAAGCAGGAGGCGGUUUUCCGCUCUGCGGAAAUGUCUCUUGUUGAAAUGUAUAUUCCUCAGGAAAUCUCGAGAGAUGCUGUAUACUCUUUGGGCCAUACCGGUUUGGUCCAGUUUAGGGAUUUGAAUCGUAAGGUUAAGAGCUUUCAGCGUACCUUUGUGAGCGAUAUCAGAAGAUUGGAUAAUGUGGAAAGACAAUACCGUUAUCUUGUUUCUUUAUUGCAAAAAUUCGAUAUUCCCCUAUAUCAAGAACCUUUGUCGGAAGAGGUUUCGGCAUCGCCUGUGCCACCAAGCACUUCUGUUAUUGCUGAUCAUGUUGAAAAUGCGUCAAUAUUGGAAACCAGAAUGCAACAGUUGGUUGAGUCCAGCGAUGGUUUGGAAACUAAGAAGACAGAUUUAGAGCAAUUUAGAGCUGCUUUGCUCGCAGCCGAUAAGUUUUUCACCGGAGAGUCAGAUUUAUCAACAUUAAACCACCCACCCACUCAGGACGAGCUUCUGGAACUCGGCGAGGGCCAGAGCUUGGCUCACAGGGCUUGCUUUGUUGCUGGUGUCAUUCCAAGAACUAAAGUUGGUACACUAGAACAAAUCUUAUGGAGAGCAGUGAGAGGUAAUUUGUACUUCAAACAUUUAGAAUUAGAUGAACCAUUCUAUGAUCCGAAAUCAAAAGAGAAAGUUUUCAAAAAUGCUUUCAUUGUGUUCUCCCACGGUGAUAUGAUUAUUCAAAGAAUUCAAAAGAUUGCAGAAUCCUUGGAUGCUAGCAUUUAUGACGUGAAUGAAUCCUCGGACUUGAGAUCAAACCAAUUGAAGGAGACUAACUCACGCUUACAAGAUAUAUACACCGUGUUGGAUUCCACUAAUACCACUUUAGAGAGUGAGUUGUUUGCCAUUUCAAAAGAAUUGGAUGGAUGGUACAGGGACAUCUCCCAUGAAAAAGCCAUGUACGAAGUCUUGAAUCUUUUUGCAUAUGAUUCCAGUCGCAAAAUUUUAACAGCAGAAGGUUGGUGUCCAACUGAUGAACUGACCGUUGUUCAAAAUAAAUUGAAGGAAACUUGUGUCAGAUUAGGUAUCGCUUCGCCAGCUAUUGUUAAUGUGAUUGAAACUUCAAGAACACCACCCACGUUCCAUCGUACGAACAAGUUUACUCAAGCAUUCCAAGAUAUCUGUGACUGUUAUGGUAUCGCUGCUUAUCAAGAAGCAAAUCCUGGUUUGGCCACUAUUGUCACUUUCCCAUUUAUGUUUGCUAUUAUGUUUGGUGACAUGGGACACGGUGCAUUGAUGGCCAUGGCUGCUGCAGUUCUUGUUUUAAAUGAAAAGAAAAUAGGCAACAUGAAAAGAGAUGAAAUUUUUGACAUGGCCUACAGUGGUAGAUACAUUGUGUUAUUUAUGGGUCUUUUCUCCGUUUACACUGGUUUCAUCUACAACGAUAUGUUCUCUAAAUCGUUGACUUUGUUUAAGUCCGGAUGGAAAUAUCCUGAGUCUUGGGAAGUGGGUGAAAGCAUCACUGCCCAUCAAGUUGGAGUAUAUGCAUUUGGUAUAGAUUCUGCUUGGCACGGCACAGAAAAUGCUUUGCUUUUCGCUAAUUCGUUGAAAAUGAAGCUUUCCAUCAUUGUGGGUUUCAUUCAUAUGUUCUACUCCUACAUGUAUUCUCUUGCCAAUGACUUUUACUUCAACGAUAUGGUGAACAUCUACUGUAAUUUUAUUCCUGGUUUGUUAUUCUUAUCAUCUAUCUUUGGUUAUUUGGUCAUUUGUAUCAUUUACAAAUGGUCUGUGGAUUGGGUUGCAGAUGGUAAACCUGCUCCUGGUUUGUUGAAUAUGCUAAUUAACAUGUUCUUGUCCCCAGGUACUAUAGAAGAUGAACUAUACCCUGGGCAAGCGAAGGUACAAGUUUUCCUUUUAUUAUUGGCACUUGUUUGUAUACCAUGGUUAUUGCUUGCUAAGCCACUACACUUCAAAUAUACUCAAGAUAAACAUCAGCAUCAACCAAUUGCACUGAGUGAAGACGACCAAGUUCCAAACAGUGGUCAAGUUGAAGAGUAUGACAAUGAACAAAUCGAAGAUGAGGACGAUGACGAGGAAGCUGGACAUGGUGAAAAUAUGGGUGAUGUUGUUAUUCAUCAAGUUAUUCAUACCAUCGAAUGGUGCUUAAACUGUGUUUCCCACACUGCUUCGUACUUACGUUUAUGGGCCCUUUCGUUGGCGCAUGCUCAAUUGUCCACAGUUUUAUGGACGAUGACAAUUGAAAUUGCCUUCGGUAUGUCCGGAUUCGUUGGUGUAGUUAUGACAGUGGCAUUGUUUGCAAUGUGGUUCGUGUUAACUUGUGUGAUUCUUGUUGUCAUGGAAGGUACAUCUGCAAUGUUGCACUCUUUACGUUUGCAUUGGGUCGAAUCCAUGUCUAAGUUUUUCAAAGGUGAAGGUAUUCCUUAUGAGCCAUUCAAGUUCGUUCAUUUGGAAUUGGAACCAGAAGCUUCAUCAUAA